AUGUUUCUUUACGAUGAGUAAAUAUCUAAAGAUAUGGCAGCCCUUAGUUUAGUAUCAUAUUGCUAAAAGCAAAAAAUAUAAGACUGGAAUUGUGCAAAUGCCUGUAAUAAAUUUCCAUAUAAACUCCAAGAUGUAUUUAUUUUUACAAAUAAAACAUUGGAAUCAAGAGGAUUAAUAGGUUAUUGGUAAGAAAAAGAAGCCAUCGUUUUAUCUUUCAGAGGAACACUUCCUUGGUUGUUAAAAAACUGGAUUGAAGACUUAGAUGUUUUUAAGAUAACUUAUGAGGAAUGCGAUAAUUAAUGCGAAAUUCACCGAGGAUUUGAGUAAACUUUUAACGUAAUAAAAGCCUAAUUAAUUGAAAAUUUUAUAUUUUUAAAAUAAAAAUACCCAAACUCAAAAAUUUUCAUAACCGGGCAUUCUUUAGGGGGAGCUAUGAGUAAUUUGGCAGUGCCCAUAAUCUAUAGACUAAACCAAAAUAAACCAAUUGAUUAUUUCUAUAACUUUGGAUCCCCAAGAGUUGGAGAUGAAAAUUAUGUUGAAUGGUUCGAAAGAAUCUAAUAAUAAUAUAUUAUUAAUAGAGCUAGGAUAACCCAUAAUGCUGAUCCUGUGCCACAUUUACCUCCCAAUUGGUAUCCAUUUAAAUUCAAACAUAUAGGAAAUGAAGAUACAUUUGAAGAAAAAUGUGGCUGGAUGGAAACUAUGUGCGGAUUAGGUUUAAUGAUGGGUCCUUUAUUGGGAUCUUUAUUGAUUUACUUAGGAGGCUUUAUUACUCCAUUUAUAUUCUUUACUAUUGCUUAAGCUUUAUAAGAAGAAAUAAUUGUAAAAGAAUAAUAAAGCAGUUUAAGUGGAAGUAGUUAAAAUAGCGAAAACGAAUAAAUAAAAGAUUAUGUAGAAAUUUCAUAUAAAGAAAUAUUUAGAGAUAGAUAUUUAAUUUUUAAUUAUAUUCUUAUUUUAUUACCUAGUUGUGGUUUAUUAUUUUUAGAUCCAACUAUGGGUAUUUAUUUUAAUAAAGUCUAUGGCUUAGAUGAUUUAUGGGUAGGAUUAUUAUUUUCUGUAGGAACUGUCACUUAUUUAAUUUUAUCACCUUUAGGGACUUAUAUGAUUAAAUAUGUAAAAAAUUAUUCUCUAUUGUUAUUUAUAGGAACUUUUAUUACCGGAUUAUCUUUUAUUUUUUUAGGGCCGGAUCCUUUAUUAGGAAUUCCUUCAAAAUUAUAUAUAACAUGUAUAGCAAAUGUUUUUAUUGGAGUUGCAACUUUAUUUAUAUACAUUCCUGCUCUUCCCUAAUUAUAUAAAAUUUUACUUAGGAUAUAAGGUAAAGAUAUAAAAAAUGAGUAAAUAAUUGGAGAUGUUGCCAGCGCUUUAUAUAAUACUAGUUAUGCUAUAGGAGAAUUUAUUGGACCUUUAUUAGGAGGUGCACUUUCAUAAUUAUUAACCUUUUAAAGGAGUGCUUCUGUUUUUGGAGUUGCUAUUAUUGCAUUUAGUUUAUUAUAUUUAUUUUUUGGGGGAGUUUUUGAAAAAUUAGAUAAUGUGGACGAAGAGCUCUAAAAUAAAAUAAAAUAAGAAAUUUUACCCUUAGUUUUAUCCCCUGCUAGUAGAAAAUGUAAUUCUAAUUUGAUGACACCUAGAUAAGUUUAAUUGAAGGCAAAUUUAUUAAUAGGAUCACCUUUUUAAGGAGGAUUAUAGCCUUUGUUUUAUACACCUACACUAAAAAGUGAAGAAGGAAAGCAUAAUUUCGUUAUUAAAGGAAAACAUGGAUAUAAAAAACAUAAACAUAAAAAGCUUUAAAAAGUCGAAGAACUUGAAUAUGAUUUCGAAGUUUAAUUUAAUGAAUAAAAUAUUGAUUGUAAAUACGAUUCUUUAAGAAAUAGUAAAAAUAAUGUUUGA